AUGAGCUCUUCCGCCGCGCCCCUCGCAAGUGAUGUCGGCUCUCUGCGUCAGCGCCAGAGGCGGACGUCCGCGGCUGGCAACGGCGAGGAUGGUCUAAACCCCUCAGCCGCCGCGGACGACCAGUCUGAAGACUCACUGCAAAAGCCCAACAAGACGUUUGGUCGAACUCCCGAUGGCACAGUCUUCACCGUCCCCACCACGCACGACAUGGUGUCGCAGCUGCUCGAUCCGAGACAGCCCAAGAACCUCUCCGAUUUGCUCGUCUUGGCCAUUCUCGCCCUCCAGAUUGUUGCGGCCUAUUUUGUGCCCGGCAACCUGAAGCGUCCCUUGUUCGCGCUCGUCUUCCUCUUCUGGCGAGCCUCGUACAACAUUGGCAUUGGAUACCUCCUCACCAUCCAGUCCAACCACCGCAGGCUGGAGACGUGGGCCGCGAGAUGGAAGCUCUUUGAGCACCCCUCGUCGGGAAAACAACCCCGCCCUUGGCUCUACAACAUGUUGAAGCGUGAGCUCGAGGCCAAGAUCCCCGAGGACUACGAGUUUGAGAAAGCCCCCAUGGAGUACAACACCUGGCUAGUCUUCCGCCGUGUCGUCGAUCUGAUCUUGAUGUGUGACUUUGUCUCCUACUGCCUCUUUGCCGUGAUCUGCGGUCACACACCCGCCGGCGAGAACCCCUUUGUCGGUUUUGGACGAUGGUCCAUCGGCAUCCUCUUGGUCCUCUUCAAUCUCUGGGUCAAGCUGGAUGCCCACCGCGUCGUCAAGGACUACGCUUGGUACUGGGGCGACUUUUUCUACCUCGUCGACCAGGAGCUGACCUUUGACGGCGUCUUUGAGAUGGCCCCGCACCCCAUGUACUCCAUUGGCUACGCUGGCUACUACGGCAUUUCCAUGAUGGCUGCGAGCUAUGAGGUCCUCUUCAUCUCAAUCAUUGCCCAUCUCGCCCAGUUCGCCUUCCUCGUCGUUGUUGAGAACCCGCACAUUGAGAAGACGUACAACCCGCCUGCCCCGCGUAAGCGCACUGCCUCGACGCCGCUUACCGGUCAGCCGGAGCUCGUCGCCAUCAACGAUGAAAUCGUGGGUGACCAGGCUGCCACGGUCCAGGAGUCGUCGCCCGAAGCGCCCGCGCAGGUGCACAACCUGAUCGGCUUGAACAACCUCGACCUAUUCCGCAUCACAGAUACCUCGGUUCUGUUGCUCGGCUUCUACAUGGCCGUCCUGACCAUUGUGACCCCAUCGACGUCGGUGUACCAAGUCCUGUUCUUACUGCACGCUCUGUUCUGGCGCGUGUGGUAUCACCUCGGCCUGGGUGCCAUCCUCGCGUGGCAGUCCCGCAAUAAGUUCUGGACGAGACAUUUCCUCAAGUACGGCGAGAGCCACACUGAGGCAUGGAAUCAGUGGAAGGGCAUGUACCAUUUGAGCUCUGUCAUGUGCACGGGAUCCUUCAUCGCCGCGUGCUGGAAGAUGUACUCGCCGCCAGAGGACUGGGCGUACGGCUGGGUCCUCCUCAAGCACGUGGUCGGAGCCGGCCUCGUCUCCCUCCAGGUCUGGACAUUCAUCAGCGUGUACGACUCCCUCGGCGAGUUUGGCUGGUUCUACGGUGACUUCUUUUACGACUCCACCGCCAGGCUGACAUACAAGUCCAUCUACCGCUUCCUCAACAACCCCGAGCGCAUCUUUGGCACUGCUGGCCUCUGGGGCUCUGCCCUCAUUACAUGGAGCAGAGCCAUCUUCGUCAUGGCUCUUGUCAGCCAGCUGUUUACGUUGGGCUUCAUCAACUUUAUUGAGAAGCCGCACAUGCAGAAGACGUAUGGUCGCGGCAUUCGUCAAGAGGCUGGCCUGACCAAGUUUAUCAAACGUUCGCUGCCACCGCCCGUCCAGGGCUGGCAACGCGGUGUCGACAAGGUGAUUGACGACACGGCACAGUUCAUUGAGGAGUUCCUCGAUACCGCGCGCCCCAAGUUCGCUUCCGGCAUCAAGACGAUCGUCCGCGACACCUCGGCCCUGUUCAACAAGUACCCGGCUCGUCUGACCGUCACACGCCUGUCUCCGGAUCUCGCUGGGCUAGACCCUAAGCUCUAUUCCCUCUCCGUAGAAGGCACCCCCUCAAGCCUAUCAGCCGCCAAUGAGCGUGCCACGGGCAAGGAGGGUCUGACGGCCCGAUUCCAACGCGGUGUCGAGACCAUGAUCUUUGAAUAUGGCGCCCCUUUGAAAGUUAAGUGGCGCGCUCCCGCAAAGCACGACAGCAAGGACUGGAUUGGUCUCUACAUGGUUACCGAUAACCGCUCCAGAGAAGCGACAGAGGUGCCGUCUCUAGGCCGGUGGGUGCCUACGACUCCCGGCAGCUAUGAUGCGGCCACCGCCGACAAGGCCAUCUUGAUCCCCGAUCGACCGGCUCAAAAGCAGGACGCGUCGGAUCCCGACAUUGUCGAGGGCGAGGUCAUCUUUGAGGGCGAUCGGCUGUGGUGGACUCAGGGCGUCUUUGAGUUCCGGUACCACCAUGCCGGCAACCACCACGUCAUGACCAUCUCGCAGCCCUUUGAGAUCCGCAUCGGCAAAUUCGAUGAGGACGAUGUCGAGGUUGACGCCAACGGCAUGUACGAAAAGGCCGUCGAGCAAGCCUUGCUGCCUCUUGUGCAAAACUGCUGUGACCGUGACCACGACAUUGCGCCCACCACCGUUGACGAGCCCUUUGGCGGCCACGUCGAGCGCGAUGGCAAGUAUGCCAAGAGAAUCGUCUACGCCAUCCACCAAAUGUUUGGUAUCGAAUUCGCCCCCGCCAUCGUGCCCGCCGACGGCAACGUCAGAAAGAUGGCCUGGCGAAUCUGCAAUGCCAAGCAGGUUCUGGAAUCGAGGAUGGGAAACAAGAGCGUGUGGAUGGGCGUCCCAAGUAGGAGAGCCCCCGCGAGAGACACGGCACGGAAGGACGGCCUGGCAUUCCUGGUGCACACGGUCCCGAGGGUUGAGCCUGUCUUCUGGAUAGUGUCCGCACCGCACUCCGACUACUCCGCCGUAGUGUCCGCAACCGGGUUCCGUUUCGAAGUCCAGGUCCCGGCUUUACCAAGGCAAGGAGACUCCGUCCUUGCCCCUGGGACCUUGAGGGGUCUUGCGCGAAAAUGGGCCGUCUUCGCUCCUCGAGUUCAAGACCUCGUCGUCGUCAUCCUUUUCUUCUCCGUCCCGUGCUCGCACUCGUCACCGUCGUCACACUCGUUCCGUGCCUCGUUCUCACCGUGCAGCCACCUCUUUGCGCCGGCCGGCCUCGUGCCGCUGCUGCUCUCCUCUCCGGCGGCCGCCACCCUCCUCUACGCCUCAUCGUACAGCGGCGCCGUCACCACCCUGAACCUCACUCUGUCGGGCACAAACGCCACGCAGUCCACCCUGCAGUCGCUCUCCUCUUCCAACGGCUGCGCGCCCAGCCCAUCGUGGCUCCAGCUCGACAAGGCCAACGCGAGGCUGUUUUGCACGGAUGAGGGUCUUACAACCAAUGUCGGCACCGUCUCGUCCUUCAAGACCGGCGCCGACGGUGUGCUGGAGCAGCUGGCCAAGACGGAGACCAUCAGCGGUCCCGUGAGCGCCGUUGUCUUUGGCGAAAAGGGCCAAGGCCUCGCCAUCGCUCAGUACGGCGGCUCCUCUGUGAGCUGGUUUGACAUCUCCAACCCGGCGGCCCUCACGCCCGUCAAGUCCGAGACGUUCAACAUGUCGGCUCCCGGCCCCAACCCGUCGCGCCAGGACGCCCCGCACCCGCACGAGGUCUUCCUGGACCCCAAGGGCCAGUUCGUCCUGGUUCCCGACCUGGGCGCCGACCUCGUCCGCGUUUUUGCCGUUGACGGCGCCAACAACCUCGUCGCCGCCCCCGGCAGCGGACCCCGCCACGUCGAGUUCCUCGUCACCCCCGAGGGCAAGACGUACCUGUACCUCAUUAGCGAGCUUGCCAACACCGUCACCGCAUACGACGUCGCCUACCGCGAGAACAAGACGCUCGGCUUCACCGAGGUGUUUUCCGGCUCCACCUACGGCGCUGGUGCCUCUGCGCCUGCCGGUGCCAGCGCCGCCGAGAUUUGGAUUUCUUCCGACGGCAAGUUCUUGACCGUCUCGUCGCGCAACGAUUCGGCUUUCAGCAUCAGCAACCCCGACACUCCCGGCGAGGGCGCGCAAAUCCCCUCCGACUCGCUCAACACCUUCACCAUUGACGCCAAGACGGGCGGUCUUACGCUGCUGCAAAAGUUCCCCGCCGGUGGACGCAUCCCGCGCCAGUUCUCCGUCAGCAAGGCGGGCGACCUCGUAGCCGUUGGUCUGCAGUCUGACAGCCGUGUCGUUGUGAUUAGCCGUGAUGCCGCGUCGGGCAAGCUGGGAGAGAUUCUCACGAGCGCCAAGGUUGAUGGCGAAGUGACUGCCGUUAUUUUUGAUGAGUAG